GAAACCGAAACUUGCACUCGCCUUCAGGGGGUUGUUGUCGGCAUGAGCUCAGUACUGUGCGGGAACAGCCAUGGCGUGCUCGUGUAAUGCGGUUGCUUGCUUCAGGUGCGCGUCCGGACUGAUACAAGGCGUGGCGGGCGUCGUCCAGUGCAUGUUCGCACUGCUGCUCAGGUUGAGCCAAGAGGAUGGCUUGGAGUUCGGCCUCAACCUCCUGCUGGGCGUAACGAAUAUUCCUCUCGGUUGCGCGAUUGCCACGGCGUUGACGCAGCGAACGGAAUGUCGUGAACCACAAGAGUACGUCAGCCUGCGGCACUCCCAGAAUCGGCUCAACGUGGCACUGUCGUGGCACUCUGCGCUGUUCAACGCCGUGUGCGCUCUGGUCCUGGUCGUGCUGCCGUCUCCACCGCACAGCCAGGCGGACCAGGUGACGCCCACGCGUUUCCACAGCUACUGGCUCGUCGCCCUCGACUACGUGUACGUGGCGUCCGUGGUGAUUCCGGUGAUCGUGGUCGCGCUGUCCUUCUGCUGCCUCCUGACACUGACAAGAAGUCCCCUGCGGACUGUGGUGCCCUCCAGAGAGUCGGUCGCCUUCGUGCAGGAGGGCAAGACGGAUGACAUCAUGCUGCGUCCGUACAAGUGGGUCUACCACGGUACCGACCGCAGCUUGUCGUCUCGGGAGCUGCAUCUACGCGGCAGGAGGCCGCAGUCUCCUAACGACGACAGCCUUCGCUACCCACCGCCAAGGUUUACCUUCAAACGCUGCUCGGGGUCGUGCAGCGCAAAUCUUUCCCGGCCUGGGCCCUCGCACACUGACGGCGACCAGUCGCGCGCCAACCAACCCGGUGGCUCGCGCGUGGGGCGACCCACCGCCACCGCCGCCGACGCUUCUACGGGUUGCUCCACCGACGACUUCGACGACGACUGCGCCCUGGACAGCUUCAUCAGCGAUUCGUUUGACGAGAGCGUGUGGGCGGCAGCCGCUGACAAUCGCCACCACCAUCCUGGCGCUGGACUCGCCAAAAACGCUCGCACAUCUGAAGUCAGCAAGGCGACCAGUACCAUAGACUCGACUUGCGCAGAGACCGAAAGGGAGCGACGCGUCCAGUUGCGUCGCGGAGCGUCUGCGUACCGCGGCGAGGACUCCCUGGCCAGCCUGACCAACCUCGAGCUGAUCGCCAGGCAAUGGAGGACGUCCGCGAUGCUCCGGAGGAUUUGGAGAAGUUCUGAAAGAGCUUCGUCCAGAAAGCAGAUUCGCCCGGACCAGCCCAUGGCAAGAGACUAGCAGCUGUUGUUGGAAUAAACUGUUUGCUUAGAAACAUU